GCGCAGCCGCUGCCGCCGCCCUCGGAGCCCGGAGCGGAGCCGGGAGGCGGCGAUGGAGGGAGUCAGCAGCCACCGGACCCUGUCCUACAGCCGCUGGAGCUACGACAGUGUCUUAGAUGACGAGGGCAGCAACCUGAGGCAGCAGAAGCUUGAUCGGCAGCGGGCCCUGUUGGAGCAGAAGCAGAAGAAGAAACGCCAGGAGCCCCUGAUGGUGCAGGCCAAUGCGGAUGGGCGGCCCCGGAGCCGGCGGGCCCGGCAGUCGGAGGAGCAGGCCCCCUUGGUGGAGUCCUACCUCAGCAGCAGUGGCAGCACCAGCUACCAAGUUCAAGAGGCCGACUCACUCACCAGUGUGCAGCUGGGAGCCGCCCACCCAACAGCACCAGCCUCAGCCAAGAGAACCAAGGCAGCAGCCACAGCAGGGGGCCAGGGUGGGGCCUCCAGGAAGGAGAAGAAGGGAAAGCACAAAGGCACCAGCGGGCCAGCAGCACUGGCAGAAGACAAGUCUGAGGCCCAAGGUGCGGUGCAGAUCCUGACUGUGGGCCAGUCGGACCACGCCCAGGACGCAGGGGAGACGGCAGCUGGUGGGGGCGCUCAGCCCAGCGGGCAGGAUCUCCGUGCCACGAUGCAGAGGAAGGGCAUCUCCAGCAGCAUGAGCUUUGAAGAGGAAGAGGAGGAUGAGGAUGAGAAUAGCUCUAGCUCCUCCCAGCUAAAUAGUAACACUCGCCCCAGCUCUGCUACUAGCAAGAAGUCCAUGAGGGAGGCGGCCUCAGCCCCCAGCCCCACAGCCCCAGAGCAGCCAGCGGAUGUUGAAGUCCAGGAUCUUGAGGAGUUUGCGCUGAGGCCGGCCCCCCAGGGUAUCACCAUCAAAUGCCGCAUCACAAGGGACAAGAAGGGGAUGGACCGGGGCAUGUACCCCACCUACUUCCUGCACCUGGACCGUGAGGAUGGGAAGAAGGUGUUCCUCCUGGCGGGAAGGAAGAGAAAGAAGAGUAAAACUUCUAAUUACCUCAUCUCUGUGGACCCAACAGACUUGUCUCGUGGAGGGGACAGCUACAUCGGGAAACUGCGGUCCAACCUGAUGGGCACCAAGUUCACUGUUUAUGACAAUGGAGUCAACCCUCAGAAGUCCUCAUCCUCUGCUCUGGAAAGUGGGACCUUGCGUCAGGAGCUGGCAGCUGUGUGCUACGAGACAAAUGUCUUAGGCUUCAAGGGGCCUCGGAAGAUGAGCGUGAUUGUCCCAGGCAUGAACAUGGUUCACGAGAGAGUGUCUAUCCGCCCCCGCAACGAGCAUGAGACCCUGCUAGCACGCUGGCAGAAUAAGAACACGGAGAGUAUCAUCGAGCUGCAGAACAAGACGCCUGUGUGGAAUGACGACACGCAGUCCUACGUACUCAACUUCCAUGGGCGCGUCACACAGGCCUCCGUGAAGAACUUCCAGAUCAUCCAUGGCAAUGACCCGGACUACAUCGUGAUGCAGUUUGGCCGGGUAGCAGAGGACGUGUUCACCAUGGAUUACAACUACCCGCUGUGUGCGCUGCAGGCCUUUGCCAUUGCCCUGUCCAGCUUUGACAGCAAGCUGGCCUGCGAGUAGAGGCCUCCUCGAGCCCUUCGGGGUUGCCCAGCCUGGAGCGGAGCUUGCCUGCUGCCUGCCUGUGGAGACAGCCCUGCCUACCCUCUGUAUAUAGGCCUUCUUCUGCCAGACGAAGCUUUGGCCCUCAGUGGGCUCCUUGGCCCAGCCAGCCAGGAACUGGCUCCU